GUGACCAUCUUGCAACACAUUACCACGUGGUUUCGUUUUCUACGUUGUUUGAAUAGUUGACUUUGGUGAGAAUUUUCUAAAUGGGGAAAAUUAGGAAGGAAAGAACGUUUCAUUAUACGACUAAGAAAAAUCAGGAUAAAAAAGUGCAAGAAACUCCAACAAACGUCGAUACAGAGAUGAAGCUCCAAAUAUCAAAUCUGGCUUCCAGUUUAUUCAGUAGCGUCAACAUUACCGAAGAUAUGCUGAAGCAAAAACUACCGGAGUUUGACCAGAUGAGCGUCAAAAGUUUCGCGUCCAACGGAAUGCAGAUGUCAAAGAAAGAUAAAAGGCGGUUAAGGCACCAGUUAUUUAUACAAAAGAUUAAUGCAGUGGUGAAAAGGAAACAGGAAUUAAAAGAGAGAGCCAAGAGGAGACAAAUGCCCGUAGUUGGAGAUAUGAAACCCUUAGAAGACGCUCUUCCGACUUUAGAGCUUCUGUUGAAACAGAAUAAUGAGAAAACAGAAGAAAAGAAGUCAACUAAACCUUUGGCUUGCAGAUCAACUUAUGCGAGGCAAAAAGCCAUGUUGGAAGAUAUAGCCAUAUUUCAACAAGUGUUAAAUCAUCCUUCCUUCAAACAGGAUCCGGCAAGUACCAUCAAAACUCAUCUCCAAAACAAGUUACAAUCCAACAACGUGGAAACAUAAUUUUCAUUAAAAGAAAAUGUUAUUUUGUAUUAUUGAA